UUGGCUAUUUACUGUACUACACGGAAUGCGCAUUUUGUCGUGGGGUUACGGUAACAAGAAAUCGCCAUAACUUUUGCUUUACAUUGGUUCCAGAGUACACCAGUUCUCUGCUAUAAUCCAAACAGUAUAUUUGACGAAGGGUGCCGAAAUAUUCUGAGAGAUUUACAGAUCGUGCAUGGAAAUAUCUGAAGUUUGCAAGCCUAUGGCUAUGCACGUGCUUUAGAUGGGCGAAGUCGUUUUACUAGAUGUAAAUUGGGAUCGCCGCACCUGUGGAACACAUCAGUCUCGUGUGCCCUGAAAGUUGGACCUGACUUGUAAUCUCUGGAUAAAGUGAAGCAGAUGUCUCGAUGGAGAACCCGAACAAGCAAGCACUUUCUUUGGUCAAGCCCUGUAGUCCAAGGGCUGAUUUUAUGUGUAGUAACUUUUGGAGUGAUAAUGCCUAUAUGUUGCCAUCGUUUAUUGUACUCCUAUUAUUUUUUAAAUAAUUUUUAUCUUGAUUCACUGAGUGAUGCAGCACUACAAGAAAGCAUUGACAGAGGGCAGGAAGCUCUGCGUUUCUGGCAGGGUGUGGAGUCUUCAGAAACCCUGAAGGACCCGGAGGAAAUGGUGUCUAAGGAACCGGAUCUCUUAGUCACUGUUGUGACAGCAAGAAGAAGUGAAGGGUGGGACUAUCACUAUUUGCUUCAGGUGACACAACGGCUAAUGUCUCUUCUGAAAGCGUGUGGUGAUAAACCAUGUGCAAAGGUCAUACUCUGUGACGUCGAAAGCGGCCCUUCUUUGAACGAGGAUGUUUUGCUUGUGGAAAAACACUUCCAGGUUGUUAGACGUUCUCCAAAGGAGAGGCGGAAGAACAGAGAGGCAGACAACAUCUUUGAAAGGGAGAAAAGAGAUUAUGUUUUCUGCUUGCAAAAAGGAUGGGAACUUAUAAAGCCUAAAAACGUUGUUGUCCUGGAGGAUGAUGCACUGCCAAUGGCAGAUUUCUUUCCAUUGGUUAAAAAUUUACUCUCAAGGAAGUUUGCACUCAACACUUUGUACAUAAAACUCUUCCACCCGGAGCGUCUGCAGAGAUAUUGGAAUCCAGAGCCGUAUCGGAUUCUGGAAUGGGUGGGAUUUGGCCUGUUUGUGGCUACACUUCUUCUCAUCACAUUCUCUCACUGUACACCUCUCUCUUUCACGCUCUCGUUUUCUCAUCUUCUCUUCCUGACUCUGUAUGUAAUGGCCGUGGUUGAACUGGCAGGGAGGCACUAUCUCCUAGAGUUCAGACGCCUCUCUCCCCAGCUUUACGCUGUGUCACCCGCUACUGAAUGCUGCACCCCGGCUAUGCUCUUUCCAGGCAAUGCAUCGGUUCGAGUCGCAGAGUACCUGGGUCAGGCUGUCUGCGCUCAGGGUAAUGCAAAAGAUAUGGUGCUAUACAAAAUAGCAAGAUCGACUCCAGGAGAGAGGGCACAUAGCGUUGAACCCAAUUUGAUCAAGCAUAUCGGAGCUUUUUCUUCCAUCAGGAGAAACCCACCUCGACCUAGAAUAAUUUGAUACCCAAACAAAAAGCAAUUAGUGGCACUUGAUCAUUCAGAAAUGUACACACCAAAUUCUCCAAGAAAGUCUGACUUUUUUGUAUAUUUGGAUAUGAAGAUCAAGCAUAGAUGCAUCCAGAAGCUUGUGUGAUGAUGUGAUAUAUUUUUCUAUUUAUAUUUUAACACAGAAAUAGUUUGUGUACUCUUACAUUUGACAGUGUUUAAAUUUUAUGUCAUUUUAUGUUGUAACUUAACUUCAUAUUCUUGAGAGGUUAAUUAUUAUUAUUUAGGUUGUACUCUUUCUUUGUGUAUUACAAAAGUAAUAGGCCUAUUAAACCAAUAAUUUACAUUUUGGUACCUAAAAAUUGAUAAUUUUCCAAAAAUGUGAUUUAAGUUUUGGAAUCUUGCUGCCUGUCUGUGGAUCAUAGAGUGCUGUGAAAAUACAUUUGAGAAUAAUAAGGAAAAUCAUUGAGAAAAUUAUAUAUUAAUGCCAAAUUUACAUAGACAUUCUGAUCAUUAAAUUAACAUUUAUUUUUGUGUUAAAAGUUGUAUGAUUUAAAUUUCAAUAAAUUUUGAAAUUCGACUUAGGCCUAAAUCCAUAUA